GCAAACUUCCAGAGCCAUGCCCGGCUCUGCAGCUGCUGACGCCUGACCCCGGAGCCUCGCCACUGGCCUGCAGGGCCCCUGGUAACAGGGAGCGUGUGAGGGGGUAGAUCCAGAGUGGAGCUGUCCCAGAGAGGAGGCCUUAAACGUGGGAUAUGAGACACGAGUGCAGCCCCGUGGACGUCCACAGAGCCUCGGGCCCGGCAAGAAAGCAGAAUCAUAAGACCGGAUAAAAUUCGAAAAUAUACUGAAAUACACAGAGAAUAUCCACACAGAGAAACACAACCAUCUGCAAACAUCCACAGAGCAAAGGUGAAUUACUCAGCUCAGUCUGUCACCGACAAGACUUGGCCUGCGCAGGCCCAGGCUGAGGAGGAAGAGGGGAAGUGAGGAAGAAAGAGGAGGAGGGAGGAGAAGAACAGUGCAGCAGCCAUGAAAGUAGAAAAGUGGAACCUGGGGGUACUUCUCUGCCUCUCCCUCGUCGCCCUUGGCACCUGUCCGCUCAGGCCACGAGCCGCUGCCUUCGCGGCAACCGCCGCUCGAACGGCGGACGAUGCCAAGAGGUGCGCAUACACGUUCCUGAUUCCACAGCAGCAGAUCACGGGCCCCAUCUGUGCAUCAAUCACUGGGCCGCAGGCAGACGAAGAGCGGGUGACACGCAUGGACAUCUCGGUGUUGCGAGACGUGCUGUCCAAGCAGCGGCGCGAGAUAGAGACGUUGCAGCUGGUGGCCGACGUCGACGGCAACCUGGUGAAUGAGAUGAAGCUCCUGCGCAAAGAGUCACGCAACAUGAACUCACGCGUGACACAGCUGUACAUGCAGCUGCUGCACGAGAUCAUCCGCAAGCGUGACAACUCUCUAGAGUUGGCCCAGCUGGAGGCACGGGUUCUCAACGUCACGUCAGAAAUGCUGCGGCUCGCCUCGCGUUACAAGGAGCUGGAGAUGCGCUUCGCCAGCCUGGCCGCCACCGUCAACAACCAGUCUGUGCUGAUCUCUGCGCUGGAGGAGCGGUGCGGUCGUGCCUACAGCCGCCAUGAGCCCCCCGCUGUUCCGCCACUGGUGCAGGUGGUGCCCGAGAGCAUCCCGGUCGCCGCCGGCCGCUUCACCAACGAGAUCCAGCGCGACCACAGCAACCGUGCUUUCCCACGCGGCUCGCGCAUGGAGGUCCCACCAACCACAGACCCACUGGGUGUGCCUCUGCCACCGCAGGGAACGCUCACCUCAGAUGGGCCAUUCCGAGACUGCUUCAGUGUACGCCAAGCGGGCCACAGCAACAGUGGGAUGUAUCUUUUGAAGGCAGAGGGUAGUGAUAAGUUGAUUCAAGCCUGGUGUGAGCACGGGCUGGACAAUGGUGGCUGGACUGUCUUUCAGAGGAGGAAAGAUGGCUCAGUGAACUUCUUCAGGAACUGGGAGAACUACAAGAAAGGCUUCGGAAACAUUGACGGUGAGUACUGGCUGGGUCUGGAGAACAUCUACAGCCUGGCCAAGCAGGGUGACUACAGGCUGCUCGUAGAGCUGGAGGACUGGGUGGGGAAGAAGAUCUAUGCCGAGUACAGCAGCUUCCGGCUUGAGGAGGAGAGUGACAGCUUCCGUCUGCGGCUGGGCUCAUACCAGGGCAAUGCUGGUGACUCGCUGACCAGCCACAACGGCAAACCCUUUACCACGCUGGACCGAGACAAGGACAGCUUCACAGGAAACUGCGCUCACUUCCACAAAGGUGGCUGGUGGUACAAUGCAUGUGGACAGACCAACCUAAACGGCGUGUGGUACUCAGGUGGCGUUUACCGCAGCAAGUUCCAGGAUGGCAUCUUUUGGGCCGAGUAUGGGGGAGGCUUCUACUCGCUCAAGUCUGUCCGCAUGAUGAUUCGGCCAAUUGACUGAGAGAUCCGCCCCUUGGAGUCCCAUCCCCCACUGCAUAAAACCCACCUCCCCAUCCCGCGAGUCUCCUAAACUCCACCUCGUCCAGUAGACCUGUUUAUUCAGCACAAAGUUAAUUUAUAGCCAUAUUUUUUCUUAACCUUUAGAAGAACUCGGAAGAACUGAUUAGGCAUCAGUUAAGUGGUGACGGUCAGUCUCUGUCCAGCUGUAGACCAUAACCCUGCUUGCAAUCACACAGGCAGCGGUAUGAAAAACCAACUACAUCAGACUCCUCACUAAAAAGUCUAAUAAGCUCAAAUCAGUCUCUGGCCCUCAUCCAAACCUCAGGGCUGUUUUUAACCCAUCCAUCACCUUUGCUAUAAACCCUAUGUUUGCUGUUUGCUCUUAGUACACUUUUGGUUGUGUAUUUGCCCCCCCCCCCCUCCAUGCACAAUAAGGACUGGAAACAGACUGUGCUGAGUGCGGCAUCUGGUUUGAUGUGUAUUGCUGGUCUGUAAAUAUACAUUUUGUUUGUAAGUUUGUCUUUUUUGUUUUAAGAGUUAAUUUAAGAACUCAUAUUACAGAAUUGCCCUUACUCACCUGUUAUUUAUCAGUAGUUAUUUAUAAUAGUUAUACCCUUGGUUAUGUUUCCCCCAUUAUGAUGUACACUGAGUUUUUCUCUCUUACAUUCAUUCAUUGUGCAACUGAUAAAAUCAAAUGUCAAAUAUGUGCCACUACAGUUUGUACAUACAAGAGAACUGCCAAUCAGAAUCCCCUGUUCCAUGAGCACUGACAGACACAUACCUCAGACACCCCAGAUGCACCUCUGAAAGUUGAGGGGACGUUCUAAUAGAAGGUGGAACCAGUUACCCGCUCAUGUCAUGUGCUAGGCAAAUUCAAACAAAAUAAAAACUGUUUUUAAGUAAAA